AUGGAAAAAAAAGAAAAAAAUAGUGACAUCGAUCCUUUUGUCUUGAGGCUAAAUGACGCUGUGAGCUCACCCGAAAAGGUUUUCGAAUACGACCAGACGAAGGGCGCACUCAAACUCGCGAAACCUGAAAUGUUGUCCGAGCUCAAAGACCCAACGCUCACAGAAAAAACUGUGCAACGGAAGAUGAGUGCUUUUGGGUUCAAGAAAAAACGGAUCGAUGGAGUGGACUACUUUUUUAAUGCCUUUUUCAGGCCGAACGACAGAAACUCGCUUUCAAAGGUCAAAAACCGCAAGAGCGAGCUUAUAAAGAAAAGAAAAAAAUGCAAAUCCGAAACUGGGUCUUUUAUUUCGAGCAGAAAGGCUUCUGAGGUGUUGGAAACAAGCGAACAACCCCAAUUGUUGUCUUAUACGCAACCCACAUUUUUCGGUCAACAAAUCGUACCAGACUCGGUAGAACAGCUUGGUAUUGUCCAACAACAACCCCUUUACUUUGUUCAACAGCCACCAAUCAUCCAAGGACAGCGAGAGGCACUCGAGAUGGAAUUAAAUAUGCUCAACGAACGUGUGUCAAAACUGGAAGCCGGCAAUCGAAUGCUCAAAAACUUGAUUACAAACAGUGAGUAUGAAAUGUUGGGCAUUUGUCAAGUCGUUGACGAGAUUACCGAAAAUGGGCGAUUCCACUGA